AUGAUUGCCGCUUACACAGACAUCGAGUUGCCUCCAGGAGACUCUCCCGAGCUGGUCCUGGCUCGGGCGACACCAACGGAACGUGUCGAGUCCAUCAAGCUGAACAGCACGGAAUGGAAGGGUCCGUUGGAUCUCGACUCGUAUCUUGCGCGGGAGGAUACACUACUCCAACAGCAAUUGACCAAGAGAGGAUUGAUUUGCUGGAUUCUAGUUGACCGUCGACAGCCGGAAAAUGCGAGAACAAUCCUCAGUUCUUGUGAAACGUACAGAAAGACGGCGAUGGUGGCCCGUGGCGGAAAAGUGGAAGAAGCGCCAGCUCAGGGUGUCGGAAGUGUUUAUUGUCGGCCAGAGUUCAGAGGCAAAGGCUAUGCAAAGAGAAUGCUGGAGGACCUGAGCAAGAAAAUAGAUAAGUGGCAGACGGAGGUCGAACCCAAAGAGAGACCACUAUUCAGUGUUUUGUUUUCCGAUAUCGGCAAAAGGUUCUAUGCCCAGUUUGGCUGGCAGGCACACCCAUCUUCACACUUUGCUCUUCCGCCUAUUUCCAGGGAGGAACAUUCAACUAUCAGUACACCGAGCAAGCUGUCAGGGGUGCGAGUACUGCGCUCCGAGGACGUUCAACGUUGCAUGUGCAGCACUAGCGUUCUUGAUAAAGAGCGAGCGCUUCUGCGACAGGCUUCGCUGAAGUCCUCUGACCCAAAAAUUGCAAUUGCUCCGGAUUUCAACCACUUUCUAUGGCACUGGGCGAGGGAGGAGUUUUAUUCUCAAAAGCUCCACCCUAACAGAGAGACGCCUAUGGUAAAGGGCGCCGGCAACGACGAUGCGAAGGUGUACUGUGCCUGGAACAGAAAUUUUGGCGCCACACCAGCAGAGAACACAUUGUAUAUUCUCCGAUGGGUGUACAACGAGCCCAACUCUCCGGAAGAGACCGAGAUGACGGUCAAGGCGAUGGCUGCAAUCCUCAGGCGUGCCCAACUGGAGGCGCACGAGUGGAAUAUGUCGAAUGUUACGUUCUGGAACCCAAGCCCGCUUCUCGAAAAGGCCGUGGCUUUAUUGGACCCGACUGCUGAAGUAGUUCACCGCGAAAAAGAAAGUAUUGCGUCUCUUAGAUGGAGCGGCAAGCCAGACGAGCACGUGGAAUGGUUUUUGAACGAGAAGUACGCAUGGUGUUGA